AUGGCUAAAGCUUAUAGAAUAGAAGAUUUUGAUUACAUUAUGUCAAAGGUUGGUAAGGUUAAUCCCAAAGUUAAGGAAUAUCUGGAAGAAGCUGGUUAUGAAAAAUGGUCUCUAUGUCACUCCCCUAUUAAUAGAGGUAGAAUGAUGACCUCAAAUAUAGUUGAAUGUAUUACAGUUGCUUUGGUAGAGGCUAGAGAACUUCCUAUUUUAGGUUUCCUUGAAAAAUUUAGGAUUUUAUUUGAUGUAUGGAAUUGUAAGAACAGUGAAAUUGCAUCUUAUACAAACACAACACUAGGGAGAAGAUUUCAAAAAAUUCUGACUGAUAAUAGGGUUAAAGCGUUGCGGAUGACGGUUAAGGCAGUUGGUAGUUAUUUGUACUGUGUAUAUGAAUCAGGAAGGAGGUACAUUAUUGAUAUUGAUCAUGGCACAUGCAACUAUGGCUGGUAUCAAAUUGAUGAAAUACCAUGUGCACAUGCAAUUAUCAUUUUGAAGAGUAAAAAUAUUGAUGUAAAAGAGUAUGGUCGUUACUGCUUAGAAUUGUACAUACCAAACACCAUUGUGAAGACGUAUGAACUCCUGGUAGUUCCUAUAUUGGACAUGAAGGAUUGGAACUUUCAGAAUUUGUUAAUGACGAAGAAGUUCUGUCACCCAAAUCCAAAAGAUCUCCGGGUAGGCCGAAGAAAGGAAGGUAUUUGA